AUGAGCGAAAAACUUAGUGAAAAAUUUAGCAAAUUUGAGAAAAUCUAUCUUAUGGAAAAACAUCGUAUCGAUAGCUUCAAAAAUUGGCCCUAUGACGAGACGGUCGAUUGUAGCAUUACAAAAAUGGCCCAAGCUGGUUUCUAUUGGUCGGGCAACAAAAACGACGAUGACACCGUGACCUGUUUUGUGUGUGGCAAAACACUGCAUGGCUGGGAUCCCACCGAUGAUCCAUGGAAAGAGCAUGCCAAACAUGCGCCACAAUGCCAAUUUGUUAAAUACGGUCACAAAGAAAGUGAUUUGACGGUGGAAGAAUUCCUAAAUAUUUUCCAUGCCGUUGGAGUGACUAAAAUGAUGAAAGAAGUCAAUGGUAUUAAAACGAAAUUUCUUGCCCGUUCCUCAUCCGAAUUGGAAAAGUGUUUAAUGGAGAAGAAAUAG